AUCCACGUCGCCGUUCUCUCCCACCAAUACCACCCCAAUCGCGGCCUAUUUUAUCCACACAGCCGCCACGCCACCGCCCAGUCUUCAGCCCAACACCACCACUAUCAGUCUUCACCAAAACGUCCACCAUUCUCCAUCAUCGCACCACCGCCUCUCUUUCUGUCGCUUUUCAUCACAACGCCAACCGCAACACCUUCAAAAUUGCUACCGCUCAAUCACCCAUCUUAUACAAGCAACCACCCCUCCACAGGUUGCGGCCAUGAUGCCGCCAACCACCCACAACCCCGAUCUCUCGCCCUCACCGUCCGCCAACUCCUCCAUCUCCUCCCACUCCAAGCGAAUUCCGCGCAACCUCGCUGCCGACCUAGAACCUAUCCCUCAACGACCGUCCCGAUUCCAGCGCUUCCUAGAAGACUUCCAGCGCGACCCCAGCUCGACCUUUAUCCCCAGCGAACAUGUCGGCCUCAACGACAACCAGCCGCGACGGCCCGGCCACUACUACGACCUGCGCCUGGCUGCCCUCGAGAGCGCCCAUACCGGCGGCCUGAUGCGCAGCUUAAAGGGCCGUCAUUUACAAAUGAUUGCCAUGGGCGGCUCUAUUGGUACGGGCUUGUUUGUGGCGAGCGGAAAGGCUCUUGCGACGGGUGGCCCGGCAUCGGUGCUGAUUGCGUUUUCCUCCGUCGGUCUAAUGCUCUACUGUACAUGCCAGGCGCUGGGUGAGCUGGCCGUUGCGUUUCCCGUCGCGGGGUCCUUUGCGUCGUGGUCAACUCGCUUUCUGGACCCCUCGUGGGGGUUCGCCAUGGGCUGGAAUUAUGCUUUGCAGUGGCUGUCUGUGCUGCCUCUCGAAAUCAUUGCAGCGUCACUUACAAUUGAAUACUGGGGGUUGAAUAUUAACCGCAGUAUUUUUGUCACCGUCUUCUUGAUCAUCAUUGUUACCAUCAACAUGUUUGGUGUCAAGGGAUACGGCGAGGCGGAAUACGUCUUUUCCAUGUUUAAAGUGAUUGCCAUUAUAGGAUUCAUUCUGCUUGGUAUUGUUUUGAAUUGUGGCGGCACCCAAGACCGCGGAUACAUUGGCGGCGAGUACUGGCAGAACCCGGGCGCCUUCAAUAAUGGAUUCAAGGGCCUUGCUAGCGUCUUCACUACUGCGGCUUUCGCGUUUGCUGGUACCGAACUAAUAGGCUUAGCGGCGGCAGAAACGGCGACGCCCAGAAAGUCGUUACCAUCGGCCAUCAAGCAGGUGUUUUGGCGAAUCACGCUCUUCUACGUCGUGGCCCUCUUACUUGUUGGCCUCCUCGUACCAUAUACAAACCCAAACCUGCUUGGUGGCAAAAGCGAUGUUGAUGCUAAUGCAUCACCAUUUGUCAUUGCGAUUCAAGAUGCCGGCAUUGACGUCCUCCCGUCCGUCAUGAACACCGUCAUUUUGCUAUCCGUCUUAUCCGUCGGCAACUCAGCCGUCUUUGGCUCUACGCGAACACUCGCCGCGUUGGCCGAUUUAAACCAAGCGCCCAAGAUCUUGGGAUACGUCGACCGCAAAGGACGCCCGCUCGUGGCCAUUAUCGUCGCUUUGCUCGUUGGACUGCUGUCCUAUCUUGCUAAUCUUACAGACGAGCGGACUGUUCUGGACUGGCUGCUUACAGCGUCUGGUUUGUCCACUGUUUUCACUUGGGGAUCCAUCUGUCUGUGCCAUAUCCGCUUCAGACAUGCUUGGGCUGCGGCUGGCCGGCUGCCUAGCGAGCUGCCCUUUGAAUCCCAGGUGGGCAUCAUGGGCUCAUAUGUCGGCCUGUUUCUAAAUUGCCUGAUCGUCGUGACGCAAUUUUGGGUCGGCGUAUCGCCUGUCGACGCCGACUCUAAGACGGCGCGGGACAUUGCGGAAAACUUCUUUUUGAAAUGGACAGGCGCCCCUGUCGUGUUAAUCUUCUACCUGGCGCACAAGUUUUACUACCGAACGUCGUACGUCACGAUGCAAGAGCUCGACAUCCAUACAGGCCGCCGCGAGUUCAACUUGCCGAUUCUCAUGGCGCAGGAAAAGGCCGAGAAGGCAUCUUGGCCAAAGUGGAAAACCCUCUACAAGAUUGUUUGUUAAUGCUGGAGGUGCUUUUUGUUUUAUAAUAUACAUAUCGAGAUACCCUGAACAUGUUUCAUACGCUUUAAUGCACACCCGAUCGCUCGUCAUUUCCGUGUCGGAAAUGCUGGUCCGCCACCACUUCCAACUCCGUUGUCAACCCCGUCCCGCCUUCUAGAACAGCUCCAUGCAUCCUGGUGGGCAAUUUAAUGAGAUUAUUAUGCAUAGCCGAUGUGGAGGAACGACUCCAGACGCAGCCCCGUUUGAAUGGGUCUUUAACGAACUGACAUUUUCACGAUGUGAUGGAGCCGAUAGCAUCACACUGCAUAUACGCAUGCGCCUUACUAUAGAACGAUAAGAUCAUGAGAAUACAGCCUUACAAGUUACUAUCUUAUUUUAAUCAAAUCUCAACAAGUCAAAUGGUAAGAAUAUCAAGUGAAUGAAUGUCGUUGAAUUCAUUAAUAUAUAUACUAGUGUCUCGUAAGAACAUUGCUGGGCCAAAAACGACCCAGCCAAUUAUUUAGAG